AUGUCCCCCAAAUACACCCUUUUCGUGGGAACCUUCAUCCAGCUGCCCCGCUUCAAGUCUGACGAGGGCCACAAGCUCGCCAUCACCCGCGGCGCGCUCUGGGUGUCCACUGCUGACGGCACAAUCGAGGGAUUCGACUGGUCCAUUGCCAAUGACAGGGACUUGAAGAGAUUCCUCCGUCACAAGGGGUGGACUGUCGUGGAUGACAAGAGUAGCCAUAAGGGCAAGCACGGAGUGAAAGUGACAUUAGUCGUUGCGCGCGAGGAGGAGAAUGAGUUCUUCUUCCCUGGGUUCAUCGACACACACAUCCACGCCCCCCAAUACCCCAACGCCGGCCUCUUCGGCGACGCCGGCCUUCUCCACUGGCUCCUAAACUACACCUUCCCCAUCGAAUCCUCCUUUGGCAGCACCAAAUUCCCCUCCAUCCCUCCCCCCAACGCCUACCGCGUCUACAACCAAGUCAUCGCCCGCACCCUCGCAAACGGCACCACCUGCGCCUCCUACUUCGCUACCAUCCACGUCCCCGCCACCAACCUCCUCGCUUCCCUCUGCCUCGCCCGCGGCCAACGCGCCCUCAUCGGCCGUGUCUGCAUGGACCGUCCCGAGCAAUGCCCCGAGUACCUUCGCGACGAGUCCCCCGACAUCGCCAUCGACAAGACCCAAGCCAGUAUCGACCACAUCCACACCAUCGACCCUGAGGGCGCCCUCAUCAAACCCAUCGUGACCCCGCGGUUCGCUCCAUCAUGUACCCCGCGCUCGCUGGGGAAGUUAUCCAAGCUCGCGGCGAGCUACUCGCCCCCACUACAUAUCCAGACGCAUCUGGCUGAGAACCUGGAUGAGCUGAAACUCGUGCAGGACCUCUAUCCAGAAGCAAGGGAUUACACCUCCGUGUAUAACUACUUCAAAUUGCUCACCCCGCGGACCAUCCUCGCGCACUGCGUGCAUCUCUCUGACGACGAGCGUGCCAUGAUCGCCGAUAAUGAGGCGAAGCUCUCCCACUGCCCCGCGUCCAACUCGGCCCUCGGCUCCGGGAUCUGCGAAGUCCGGAAGGCCAUCGACUCCGGCAUUACGGUGGGACUGGGAACCGACGUAAGCGGUGGAUACAGUCCCAGCAUACUAGAAACGGUUCGCCAGGCGUGCCUAGUAUCAAGGUUACUUCCUCAUAUGUCGGGGACUUCUGAAGGACAAAAUAAGGACAAUGACGGAGUACCGAGAGAGGUCCUCUCCAUUGAAGAAGCACUCUACCUCGCCACACGCGGCGGAGCAGCGGUAGUCGACAUGGCGGAGCAAAUCGGAGGGUUUGAUCAGGGGAUGGUGUGGGAUGCGCAGCUGGUGAAGCUGGGGAAGUUUAAUCCUGCGGGGAGGUGGGGGAAGACAGGUGGGGUGGAGACUGCGGUCGAUGUGUUUGAUGAGGGCCAGGAGUGGAAGGAGAAGGUGCAUAAGUGGGUAUGGAAUGGGGAUAGUCGGAAUGUGAGGAUGGUGUGGGUUGGAGGGAAACUGGUGCAUCGGGUUUGGGAGGAGGGAGAGGAUAGAAGGGAGGGUGGGGGAUGGAUGAGGUGGGUGAUAGGAGCGGUUGGUGUUGGUGUUGUUGGGUGGGCGGUUGUUAGGAGGUUGGGGGGUGGUAGAUGA